AUGUCAGACAUACUCAGCAACGGCUGGACUGCUGUUCCCCUCGACGCCAGCAAGCUCUUUGACGGGAAGCAAUACCGCGUCGCGCCUGAGCCCUUGAGCCCAGCAGAAAUUGUCUGGCCGUCCGAUGACCCAGUGGUGGCUGAGAUGGAGACGUAUGCCAAGGAGCAUCUGUCGCUGGAGAUUUACAACCACUCCAUGAGGGUGUACUAUUUCGCUACCACCAUUCUCAAGCAGCAGUUCCGCGAGUUCGCCACCACCUUGUCCCCGGCCACGCUCGCGCUGACCUGUCUCCUCCAUGACCUCGGGGCCACCGAGGCCAACAUGGCAGCCACCAACAUGUCGUUCGAGUUCUACGGCGGCAUUGAGUCCUUGCGCGUCCUGGAAGCCGCCGGCGCCCCGACGGAUCAGGCCGCGGCGGUGUGCGAGUGCAUCAUCCGGCACCAGGACAUCGGCGUCGACGGCAGCAUCACGCUCCUCGGACAGCUGGUCCAGCUGGCGACCGUGUAUGACAACGCCGGCGAGCACCCGCAUCUCGCGGGGCUCGACGGCAUGAUCCACGAGGACACACGGGAGGCGGUGGUGGCCAUGUUCCCGCGCCGCGGCUGGCUGCGGUGCUUCGCGGAGGCGGUGAGGACGGAGACGGCGCGCAAGCCGUGGUGCCACACCACGCACAUUCCGGGGUUCGCGGAGAAGAUUCUCGCGAACAAGCUCAUGGCGCAGUAUGAGUAG